AUUCUGAAUCUCGUUCUUUCACGAUGCACGACUCAUCGUCGUGAUGAGAUUGAUGGAUUACAUCGAUUCGCCACCGCCGACCUACGAAUUCGGAGAGCCAUACUCAGACUUAGGCUACGUAGCGCUCAUUCUGGCAAACACUGGGCGCAGUUUUGUCACGCUGGUUUUCACGAUCAGGCAUGAAGUUUCGUCAAGGACUUAAGGUACAUCUUGCUUACGGGCGUAUGGCACUCGUAGUACUAAGUAUGACUCCGGUCUCACCACAUGAUUGCUUGAUGACGAAGCCAUUGCGGAUCACUUUCUGUCCGUUUUUUCACCGGGGUCGCAUUUUCUAACUACCAUGUCUGGAGCCCAAGCAGAGAUCGAAAAACUUGACAGCAGCAGCAAAGACCCCGCUUCUCAACACGUAGAGGUCUUUGACCGUCCGACGGGAUGGAGGAAAUACUACUACCACCCCAUCGCCCAGGUGUCGAUGCUGGGACUUGUGUGUUUCAUGUGCCCCGGCAUGUUCGUUGCGCUUACUGGUCUUGGCGGCGGCGGCCAAGUCAACGGUUCUAUUCAGGCUAACGCUAGCGCAAUUUUGUAUUCGACUUUUGCGUUUUUUGGUUCCAUUAACAAUGUCCUUGGUCCUCGGCGGACUUUGAUGCUUGGAACUUGGGGCUACUCGUUGUACAUUGCAUCGUUCCUUGCUAUUAGCAUCCAUCCUGGUGCGGGUGCGAGUGCUUUCGUUGUCGUGGCCGGUGCUAUCCUUGGUAUCUGCGCAGCUUUGCUUUGGACCGCGCAGGGCUCUCUGAUGAUGGCGUACCCUACUGAGGCUCAGAAGGGCAUGUUCAUAUGUAUCAGUUGGGCCAUCUUGAGUCUUGGGGGGGUUGUGGGCUCAGCUGUAGCAUUCGGGACCAAUUUCAAGAUCCAACAGCGCAACGGCACUUAUGUUUGUUUCCUGAUUUUGACCCUCAUUGGUGUAUUCCUCCCGCUUUUAAUGGCAAACCCAGACAAGAUGAUUCGUACGGAUGGGACUCGCGUGGCCCAGGUCCGGCACCCAUCUUGGAAGGCAGAGUUUUUCAGCUUGUAUGUUGCCCUCAAGACCGACCCCUGGAUUAUCCUUCUCUUCCCGAUAUUUUUUGCCAGUAAUUACUUUUACACCUGGCAAUACAAUGACUACAACGGCGCCAUAUUUACGAUCCGUGCACGGGGUCUCAAUAACAUCAUGUCCUGGACAGCGCAGAUCUUUGGGUCCAUCUUUAUAGGUUGCUUCGUCCUUGAUCAGAAAAGGGUCCGACGCAGAGUCCGCGCAUUCUAUGGAUGGAUCCUCGUGUUUCUCAUGAUUUUCGUCGUCCAUGUCUGGGCGUUUUUCUAUCAAAAGACAUAUACCCGCACUGAAGAGGCUGUGAGGAAUGCUGACAGGAUCGACAUCAUGGACGACACCUACGCUGCCCAUGUCUGGGUCAUGAUCUUUUAUGGCUUCCUAGAUUCAAUGUGGCAGACAUAUGCAUACUGGCUGAUGGGUGCGAUGUCAAACGACCCCGCGAAGCUGGCUGUGUUCACUGGCUUCUACAAGUCCGUGCAAUCAGCGGGCGCGGCAGGCGUCUGGCGUGCUGAUGCCGUUGGAAUCCCAUAUAUGAACAUCUUCCUGUCGACGUGGUGCCUGAUGGUCGCUGGCAUGGUCUUCUCUGCGCCGAUGGUAUACCUUCGCGUCACCGAACACACGUACGUCGAGGAUGAGGGUCUGUGAAUGCCCAUAAUGAUUAAGGCAUCUAUCGUUGGAUCACAAGCAGGUUGUAAACCGCGGGCGUGAAACAGAUUGAACUUCCAGCGGUUGCGAUAAAUGACGUGGGCCAACUAGCCCUAUUGGCACUGUCAGGGUAGCGAUUCAUUCCUAGGUCAUGAUACUGUAGCUUCUUCAGCUUCACUGACAAAUAUUACAUCAAUAGCACUGCUUGCCUAGAGUUCAUGGAUAAUGAUUCGAUGCUGGU